AGCGAUUACWACAGAGCAGGAACACUCACAAACCACGCCMCAGAACCGAAAACACCAGAGACAAGCGGAAUCAAAACCAACAACCGAAAUGAUCCAAGCCGCCAGCAUCAGUCGAAACCACAACGGAAACGUUCUCUCCGMGGACUUUGUUCAGGAAGGGGAAGGGUCUGGGAGUUCCGAGYCGAUCAUCGAUCUCUUCGGCGCAGAGAACUACGCCAAGAGUAACGGUGGCAACAUCAACGAGUUAUACAACAAAAUGAACCAGAGCGACUACGAGCAGUUUCUGGUUCACAUCAACUUCACCGAACCGUACUAUUUGCGAGACGCCGUGAUCGGAGCCGUCGAGGACGGGGGCAUCGGCAUCACGACCAGGAACGGACGCAAGCACGYCGCUGAGGUAGAAAUCUUGGAUUUCGGGUGCGGCACCGGCAUUGUCGGCCACCUGAUCAAGGACGCCGGAUUCACCAACAUCUGGGGCCUGGACGCGAGCUCCGGAUUCAUCGACAUGAUCCGAAGCAACGGUGUGUACAAGGGGGGGCAGGUGCUCUUUCUCGGCCGGGGUGUGGAUCGGUUCCCGGAGGAAUACAAGAACCGGUUCGACCUCGUCACCGGCACGGGAUGUUUUCUUCCCAAGCACGCCCCRUCCCCGGCCUUUUUUGACGCACACGCCGCCCUGAAGGUCGGCGGGGUGUUUUGUUUCACGCUCCGGGCGAACCUCUGGGAGGACGGACACGACCUCGGAUAUAAGGACGCUAUCGACAAGCUCGUCGCCGACGGSAAGAUGAGGUUUCUCGAUCACGCCGCGAAAGAUUUUUGGAGGGGCAGAGAGGAAGGGAUCGGCCUGUUCGAGAGGCAGAAAUCCAAGCUGUUCGCGCUCGAAAAAAUUGCCUGAAAGUAAUCACUAAGUACUGUAUGUCCAGAAAAUUAUACAUAUG